CUUCGAAAGUUUCAGAACAUUGAGAACUUAAGGACACGGACUACUUUGAAAAACUUUGAUUUGGGAAUAAAUAUUUAUUCACCAGUGAUAAGUCAGCCAUAACCAAUAAGGGGUUACGUUAACCAACUGCUGUCACCUGGAGAGGCUCAUAAACUGAGCGCGAAAACUCAAGUCGCAGACUAUCGUAACUGAUUCGUACACCUGUUACAAAAAACAUAACAGGUUUGUACUGAUAUUUGCCUAACGGAGUAAAAGGAAAUCUACGUUAAUGAGUGUAUUAUAUAGCCUGGAUUCGCAGUGCGUCUCACCACCAUGCAAUAUGAGUUGGGCAAUGGAGCCUGCCAACUUCUACGACAGUAAGCUGAGCACUGUGCACGGGUCCUGCAAACCCUACCGAGAUGGUGGCACCGGGGAGGACAGCAACCUGGCAGAGCUAAGCACCGCUCCCGCGAUGUAUGAUGAUGAGAGUGCCAUCGAUUUCAGCUCGUACAUCGACUCCAUGUCCUCUGUGCCAAAUCUGGAACUUUGCAACGACGAGCUGUUCGCUGACCUGUUCAACAACAGCGUGAAGCAGGAGAAGACUGACUUCACCUAUCUGCCAAACAACACAUCAGGAACCAUGCCGCUUUCGUCUGGUGUGUCUGCUGUCAGCGUGACCAGGGAUUUUGGGAGGAAACUGGAUGCGGGUUUCGCGAAAGGGGUCUUUAGCGCACCCAUUAAACAGGAAUCGGACUGGAGUGACAGUGAGAUGUCAUCAUCCUUACCUUCACAGAUUGAAACCUGCGCACAAACCACAGUGAGUCUGCACACUGGGCAACCCACCCCACCAACCACUCCGGAGCCCUCAUCAGUUCAGCCCACCACUCGCAAGUUCGGAAAGGAGAAAGGGAAAAAGAACGUUGACAGGUACAGCCCAGAGUACCGCCAGAGGCGCGAGAGGAAUAACAUCGCCGUCAGAAAAAGCAGAGACAAAGCAAAGCAACGCAAUUUGGAAAUGCAGCAAAAAAUGAUGGAACUGGGUUCCGAGAACGAUCGAUUACACAAAACCAUCGACCAUCUAACCCGCGAGCUAACCAGCCUCAGGAGCUUCUUCAAAGAUCUUCCCAACUCCUCUUUUGUGAACACAGCGAGUGGGAACGGUCGGUGACAUGUGAAUCAACAUUGAUUUGAUAUUUAUGGACUUAAAAAAAACAUACCUCAAUACGUUGAUGUCUAUUAACAAUCUGUAGCAGACUUACUGUAACGCUGCACCAGAUUAACUUUAUUGCUUUGAAAAGGGUACCGAAUAUUUUCAUAUAAUUCAUGCAUAUGAUAAAGCAGUCAUUAUCACUUUUCUGGCAAAUGUUUUUCUAUUUUAAAUUAUUUUAUGAGUUCAUUUAAAAUAUAUUCAUGCCAGUUAUGGUACAUAUUUUAAAUUCCAAACUUUGUAUUUUUGUCAGGAAGAACCUGAGCAUGUUUGAAAAAUUUUAUAUAGUUUGUAUAUAAUUUUUGAUUUUUGUAAGAAAAUCUAUAAUAAAAGUGCCUAAAAUAA